UAGUUUAUUGGCCUAAAGUAAACUGGCCUAAAAUACGUUUAACAAAAGAAGACUUGAUGCAGAAUUGAUUUGAUUCAACAGCUGAUGUCAUUAUGUUUCUGUCUAUUCCUCAGUGAUUCAGAAAAUCAUCAUCUAGACAAUAUGGAACCCUUACCUUUGAUACCAUAUAAUGAGAAUAAUAUUAUUCCAGAAAUGGGAUGUCUAGUGCGAGAAAUCUUUCAAAAUACAUUUCAAGCCAAUGCCGCAACUUGGCAAAUGUCAAUGAAUCUUUCAAAGUCAUGCCGACAAAAUUUAGAGUUGAAAGAAAUGGCUGAGCAAAUGCAGACGGAAAUGGUUCGUCAUAAAAGGAUUCACGAUGACUUAGAGUAUGCUGAAAUGCAAAUAAUGAAAUCUCAAGGAUAUCAUCUGUGCAGAGAUGAGAGGAUUAUGUCAAACGACAGAGCGAUGGAAAUAAUACGCUUGAAACGUCAUCCACUGUACAUUGAUUUACAUCCAGAUAUUGUAAAAGAAUAUCCUCUUCUGCAAUCAGAUGACCUGUUACCUGCAACUCACGAGUGUUGUACAGGUUUAUUGUAGUUUUCACAAUAUUGUACGAUACUAAGUCCAAAGUACAUGAUAAUUAAUUGAAUGAGCCUUGGUCAGCAAGGAUUUUUAUAAGUAAGACGAACCAGUACAAUAACCAAGAUUCAAUUUAUUCAGUAUAUUUUUGGCCUCUAUUUGCUUCUUCAAUGUAUUCUACAUAUUUAGAUUUGUUUAUGUUGCUUGAUUAUAGAUUUCCGCCUGCAUAAGACGGAUAGAAUCCGGAUGAAGAAAAGAUUGUACAGAAGCAGAGACUCGUUACUAGAUGAAGAAUUAUU